CUUAAAGACUUUAGUUAAUAUUACAAAGACCAAAACAAUGGCCUCUGACGAAAUGAAGAAGAUAACCCUAAAGAGCGACGACAACCAGACCUUCGAGGUGGAGGUGGCUGUGGCCAUGCAAUCGCAGACCAUGAAGCACAUGGUGGAGGACGACUGUGUCGAUGACGUGAUACCUCUGCCAAAUGUGACCAGCAGCACCCUAGCGAAGGUGAUCGAGUACUGCAAGAAGCACCAUGAAGAGGAUGCUGAUGUCAAGAACGAAGAGACUCUCAAGAGCUGGGACACUGAGUUCGUGAAGGUGGACCUGCACGAGCUGUUUGACCUAAUCUUGGCUGCAAACUAUCUGGACAUCAAGAGCCUAUUGUAUUUGACUUGCCAGACUGUGGCGGACAUGAUCAAGGACAAGACACCUGAAGAGAUCCGUGUGAUCUUCAACAUCGAGAAUGAUUUUACGCCCGAAGAAGAAAAGAAGAUUCGUAAGGAGAAUGAGUGGGCAUUCGAGUGAGAGAGUUAGACAACCCUUAUAUACCUAUUAUUAUUAGAUAAUUGUACUUUUUGUCUAGUCUGGACUAUUAUUUUGCUUCUAGUUAUAAUUCA